AUGCAAAUCUCUAAUCUUGCUUCGGCGUUGCUUCUUGGCACUGCUGCUGCUCUUGCACCAAUCGAGAUCGUUGGCAACAAGUUCUUCGACGAGAAUGGCAGACAAUGGUUCAUCAAAGAGGACCCACUGGUAGAUACAGAGCAAUGCGCCCGCGACGCCAGCCUCAUGAAGACGCUGGGCACCAACGCAAUUCGCAUAUACCACGUCGACUCCAGCGCAAACCACGACGGGUGCAUGGCAGCUUUCGACAAGGCCGGCAUUUAUACCCUCAUUGACUUGGAUACUUUUGACUCGUACAUCCUUCCUACUAACCCGUACUGGAACGAGACGCAAUUCAACGCGUACGCCAAGGUCAUGGACAACUUUGAGAAGUAUGACAACGUUCUCGGCUUCUUCAUUGGCAACGAGGUUAUCGCGCUUAGCAACCAGUCUCAGGCCGCCCCUUUCAUGAAAGCCGCUGCGCGAGACAUGAAGGCCUACCGAGACAAGAAGGGCUAUCGCAAGAUCCCCGUUGGCUACUCCGCUGCCGACAUUGCUGAACUGCGACCCAUGCUGCAGGACUAUCUGACCUGCGGUGGAAAGCCAGAGGACAACAUCGACUUUUUCGGGCUCAACUCGUACGAGUGGUGCGAUCCCAGCACGUACAACACAUCGGGUUACACAAAUUUGCAGGCCAUGGCCGAGCAAUUUCCCGUGCCUAUCUUCUUCACCGAGACGGGAUGUAUCACCGGGCAAGGCCCCAGAACAUGGGACGACCAGGACGCCAUCUUUAGCCAACCCAUGGUGGACGAUUGGAGCGGAGCCAUGAUCUAUGAGUGGAUCUAUGAGGAGAACCGUUAUGGCAUCGUGUCGUAUGGUCCCGAGGUUUCCAAGACGAUCACGGCUGGCGAUGUCUACGAUGGAUUCACCCGCAAGGGCACCCCGAUUCCCCGCUCUCCCGAAUUUCAAAAUCUGCAAUCCAAGUGGGCUACCAUUACUCCCACUGGAGUCAUGAAGUCUGACUACAAUCCCACCAGCGUUUCCACCCGCGAUUGUCCUAAGGCCACGGGUGGUUGGUUAGUAGAUGGGAACGUUCGCCUGCCCACUCUGGGAGAGACGUUCAGGGGCAGCUUCUCGUCGAGCCCAGCGGCAUCAGCAACUCCUGCCUCAAGCACCAGCUCUGCAGCAGCGCCGACAGAAUCUGCCAAGUCCUCAGCAUCCGAAAGGCCUUCGGGAUCUGGCACCAAGCAAAUUGCCGGAAUGGCUUUCGGCUUGGUCGGUGUCAUGAUCUUCUUCACCGUCUGGAUGUAG